AUGGCCUCAACUAGUCAACUGAUCCGGGUACUUGGUGGCGGCAGUUUCGGCACUGUAUAUCUCGAAUUCAGGAAUAAUCGAAAUGUUGCCACCAAGCGUAUUAAUGGGAUUCAAGAUCCGCGGCACCUUCGCCGUGAAGUCAAAAAUCUUCAAAGUCUCGCUUUGGCCGUUCCGGUACUCUCCGCUAUACCGCGCCAGAAAUAUUCGCUGAUGAGGCAAAUAUGCACCCGGCGUGAGCCGGGAGGUCGGCCAACUGCUACGGACGCACUUGACGCCGCAAAUUUGAUAAAAACGGAGUCGUUUUAUAAGCUGUUCCGUUCCAACCAGCCAACUACUGCGGCAGGUCACGCAAGUGGCAGUCGCCCAUGGCGGGUAGUUGGUGCAAGAGAAGACGAAGAGGAACCCCCUGGCAGAAACGUGGCCGAAACGAGUUCGCCGAAUGAAGAGGAUAAAUUGCUUAAAGAAAUAGCUGCUGAGGAAAGAGAAGAAUUUCAAGCAAGAGAAGACAGGAAACCUCGUAUCAAACGUAAUCUGCUCGACCCAAAUGAAGAUCCGUCCAUAUGUACCAUGAUAGGUUGUCCCCAAGGAAAAGCCGAACUAUCGUUUGGUAAUGGCACGAAGAGAUGUGUGCCGUUCGAUCGAAUCUCUGGCGAAAUACCUGAUAACUUCAUUUUGGGCGAUUGUCCUUCCGCCGGUGAUUGCGAUUGUGGCGUAAAUGAGCCAGUUUGUGUGCCACAAUCUUCCCUCGUCGAUUACGAUAAUGUCACGAUGCGGUGUAUCCAUGAGGACUGCACCGAGUUGCCCGGCCAUCAUUCGUGUCUCGAUGGAGAAAAGAAGCAGAGCUGUAUACCAUAUGAGAGAUUGACUAAAGUGAUCAAUGGCACACAAUGUGUUUUGGACCCGCGCCACGCCUCUUGUCCUCUUACGGCACUAAAUUGCGCUAAGCACGAGGCUCCGAUUUGCGUGGAGAUGAACACGCCGAAAAAUCGAGACGGUCCUUUGAUUGGAUAUGAUGGAAGUUGGAAGACUUGUACCCUGAAAGAAUGCACCGAGUUGCCCGGCCAUCAUUCGUGUCUCGAUGGAGAAAAGAAGCAGAGCUGUAUACCAUAUGAGAGAUUGACUAAAGUGAUAAAUGCCACACAAUGUGUUAUAGACCCGCGCCACGCCGCUUGUCCGCUCACGGCGCUAAAUUGCGCCAGGCACGAGGAUCCGAUUUGCGUGGAGAUAAACACGACGAAAAAUCGAGAUGGUCCUUUGAUUGGAUAUGAUGGAAGUUGGAAGACUUGUACCCUGACAGGGUGCCCAUCCGGUAAUCACCCAUGCCUGGUAUGUGAGAAGAACCGUAGAUUCCUCUGCCUGCCGUAUCAUACCAUUCAGAAAGUUACGGACGACAAGCGCUGUCCAUUGGUCAAAUUAGACACCAUUAAAGCGUUUUUCGUUCCAUCGGAUGAUUGUCAUGAGAUGGCGAAGCAAAAAAACGAAGAAUUGAUCGCAUGCUACACUAGUCAUGUGCCUGGUGCCGAUUAUACUUGUGUGCCAUGCGAUCGGCCGAUGAACAUAGAAUUUGGUCCGUUGACCCAGCGUAUGACAUGCGAAUUUGAGGAAUGUCCGAUAGACGGUCAGGUGCCGUGUGGAUCGAAGUGUUAUCCGAUGGAGAAGGUGAAGAUGGUCAAUUCGAAUGGUACCUGUGAACUGCACAAGAAAACAGCGUCGCCGGGCAUCGGA